UUACUAACUCCGUCGCUUAAAACCCUAAAUCCCUUCAACCUCACAGCUUCCGUCGCCAUCUCUCAACCUCCCAACCAUGGCGACACUGAGUCUAGAGUGCCGCAUGUACGAAGCCAAGUACCCGGAAGUGGACAUGGCGGUGAUGAUCCAGGUCAAAUCCAUCGCCGACAUGGGAGCCUACGUGUCGCUCCUCGAGUACAACAACACGGAAGGCAUGAUCCUCUUCUCGGAGCUCUCCCGCCGUCGGAUUCGAAGCGUGAGCAGCUUGAUCAAGGUCGGGAAGAUCGAGCCUGUCAUGGUCCUGCGUGUGGACAAGGAGAGGGGUUACAUUGAUCUGAGCAAACGUAGGGUUAGCGAGGAGGAUAUUCAGACUUGUGAAGAGAGGUAUAACAAGAGCAAGCUUGUUCAUUCUAUCAUGCGUCAUGUUGCUGAGACUCUUUCUCUCGAUUUGGAGGACUUGUAUGUGAACAUUGGUUGGCCUUUGUACCGAAAGUAUGGUCAUGCUUUUGAGGCUUUCAAGGUCUUAGUGACUGAUCCUGAUUCUGUGUUGGGUUCACUCACCCGUGAGAUUAAAGAAGUUGGUCCUGAUGGGCAGGAGGUGACUAUAGUUGUACCUGCUGUUACCGAAGAAGUGAAAGAUGCACUUGUGAAGAACAUUAGGAGGAGAAUGACACCACAACCAAUGAAAAUCCGUGCUGAUAUCGAGUUGAAAUGUUUUCAGUUUGACGGAGUUGUUCACAUCAAGGAGGCCAUGAGAAGGGCUGAAGCUGCUGGGAACGAUGACUGUCCUGUUAAGAUUAAAUUGGUUGCUCCACCUCUGUAUGUCCUUACUACUCAUACUCUUGACAAGGAGCAAGGGAUUAGAAUUCUAGACGAGGCUAUAACAGCUUGCACUGAGAAAAUUGAGGAGCACAAAGGCAAGCUUGUCGUUAAGGAGGCACCCAGAGCGGUGAGUGAAAGAGAUGAUAAGAUGCUGACAGAACACAUGGCUAAGCUAAGACUGGACAAUGAAGAAAUUAGCGGAGAUGAGGAAAGUGGAGAAGAAGAAGAGGAUACAGGGAUGGGCAAUGUUGAUAUCAAUGGUGGCGCAGGAAUCAUUGAGUAGUAUCGGUUGAGCUUUUUUUUUUAAAGUAUGUAAACCUUUUGGAGAUUUCUUACAGCUUGGAAAAGCAUUCCCUACAUAAGUAUUUUUUUCACUUGUUUGCAAUUCAAGCUUUGCAAGUCCAACAUUAGUUUUAGGCGUUAAAUCAAAAAACGUCCAUGUUGUUUGAAUAUCAUUUUCUACAAGUGUACGAUUUGCAAAGGAGGCAUCCAUAUUUGACAACCUCCAUCUUUGGAAACGAUAAACCAUGGAAACGAUAAAGAGGGAUGCAUAUUUGGUUCGCUUCAUUUGUCAGCUAAUAUAUAUCAUGAUCGG